AAAAAAAACGCCAAUUCAAAUAUGAAAGCGGCGUUUCGAAACGCUUACUGCUUCACACUCUCUCGCUACUCCAUAAACCCUAACCCAACCAUUCUUCACCUUGUUCCCGCCAUUUCCACUUUUCCUUCACUUCCCUCAAGCGUUUUCAAAAACCUCCCUUUCCGUUCCCCUGUGACCGCCACUCUCUGUUCCACUUCCAUGGCCAGCGGUGACUCCGACGCGCCACAAACAUCUCCUUCCUUGGAGAAGCAGUUCGAGAAGUUCCGAGUGCAGCUAGAAGACUCUGGAAGCUUACGGGAACGCAUACGCGCCGUUGUUUUGGAAAUUGAGUCGGCGACUCGACUCAUGCAGGCUAGUCUCCUCCUCGUUCACCAAUCUAAACCAAUACCCGAGGUUUUAGAGAAGGCAAAGACUCAGAUUAAUGUGCUAAAGGAUCUUUUUAAUAAACUCGCUGAAGUUGUUAGGGAAUGCCCUGGACAAUAUUAUAGGUAUCAUGGGGAUUGGAGGACUGAAACUCAAAUGGUAGUUUCAUUGCUUGCUUUUAUGCAUUGGUUGGAAACAGGAACUCUUCUUAUGCAUACUGAAGCUGAGGAAAAACUUGGAUUGAACGAUUCGGAUUUUGGUUUAGAUGUGGAGGACUAUCUUGUUGGUAUUUGCUUUAUGUCCAAUGAAAUGCCAAGAUAUGUGGUGAACCAAGUGACAGCUGGGGACUAUGAUUGCCCAAGAAAGGUGCUGAAGUUCUUGACAGAUCUUCAUGCAGCCUUCCGGAUGCUUAAUCUUCGAAAUGAUUUCCUGCGCAAGAAAUUUGAUUCUAUGAAGUAUGACCUAAGAAGAGUUGAAGAGGUCUAUUAUGAUGUUAUGAUUCGAGGAUUGGCAACCAGUGGAGAUUCAAUGGAAGAUCAAGGAACUCAAGGACAACCACAGGUUGCAAAAGUAGUAUUUAACAACUAGUAACUCUUCCAUUUUCCUUGACUGCUUGGAAGUGGGUUACUUUCAAUCUUCUUUGCAGAUGGCAAUGCUUGAGAGAGUUUGUGAUCCUUCACCGCAUGGUUUAAAGCCAAAAUUUUGCUAGUUAAACAAGGGAAACAGGGUUAAAUAGUUGUCAUGGAAGCAUACUUGACAAUCCUAGUACUUUUCAGUUUGUCUAUUCUAUCUUCUGCUAAAGUUAGUCUUUUCUGGUAUUCCAUCAAAUUAGUUGCUUCUGCCAUUGUUCGGUCAGUCUUUAUGACCAAGUCUGAAAUAGACUGUGAUGCCGUGGCCCUGCCUUUCAUGGUUAAGCUUGGUAUCAGGUUCUGUAUGAUUUUAUUUCCGCAUGUAAUCUUUGUACGGAACUGUCAGUCUGUCACAUGAAUACUUGAUAAUGCUCUCAACCUUUUUGCUUCACAAUUAUUAAUUAACGGUGGUCGCCGAUUACCGUUA